UGCGCAGUGUGAGCCUGCCCGGCCGCCGUCGGGUCGCUAAGGGACCGGAACGGUGCGAGGGCCGCCUUUCCGCCCUUCCCGGCCCGUCUCCCCUCCUUCUCCUCAGCGCCCCCGGUCCCGGCCCCCGACCCCCGGCCCCCGCGUCCUGCCCGCGCCGCAGCCGACCGGGGGGGGACCGGGGCGGGAAGACCCCUCCCCCCGGGCCCAGUCUACCCAGGGCGAGAUGGCGUCCCUCCCUGGCUGCCUGGGGCUGGGCACGGCGGCGGCGGACGGCGGCGGGCCGGAGUCGUCGCGGGAGCCGGCGCAGGACUCGGCGCAGGAGCUGGCGGAGCUGCAGCGGGCGGUGGUGGAGGAGCUGGGCAUCUCCAUGGAGGAGCUGCGCCAGUUCAUCGACGAGGAGCUGGACAAGAUGGACUGCGUGCGGCAGCGCAAGCAGCAGCUGGCCGAGCUGGAGAGCUGGGUGGCGCAGAAGGAGUCCGAGGUGGCGCACGUGGACCAGCUCUUCGAAGACGCCUGCAGGGCCGCGACCACCUGUGAGUCGUUGGUGAAGGAUUUCUACUCCAGCCUGGGCCUGCAGUACCGAGACAGCAGCUCCGAGGACGAAGCCGCCAAACCCACCGAAGUGAUCGAGAUUCCGGACGAGGACGAUGACGUCCUGAGCAUCGAUUCGGGAGACUCCGGGAGCAAACCGCCGACGCUUCGCGAGGCCAUGGCAGCCAUGAUGCGAUCUGCCCAGGACGUGCAGAAGUUCAUGGACGCUGUCAGCAAGAAGAACAGCUCCCAGGACCUGCCUAGAGCAGACGGCCUCUCCGGGCGGGCCCCCGUCCCCUCAGCGCCAGUGGUGACCGGCCAGCCGUCUGGUGACCUGAGCAAGGAUGGGGACCUGGUGGUCAGCAUGCGCAUCCUGGGCAAGAAGAGGACCAAGACGUGGCAUAAGGGGACACUUAUCGCCAUCCAGGCAGCCGGCACCGGGAAGAAGUUCAAGGUGAAGUUCGACAACAAGGGCAAGAGCUUGCUUUCGGGCAACCACAUCGCCUACGACUACCACCCACCCGCCGAGACCCUGUUCGUGGGGAGCCGCGUGGUGGCCAAGUAUAAGGACGGAAACCAGGUCUGGUUGUACGCCGGCGUCGUGGCCGAGACCCCCAACGUCAAGAACAAGCUCAGGUUCCUCAUCUUCUUUGACGACGGUUAUGCCUCGUACGUUACCCUGUCCGAGCUCUACCCCAUCUGCCGGCCCUUGAAGAAGACGUGGGAGGACAUCGAGGACGUGUCCUGCCGGGACUUCAUCGAGGAGUACAUCACGGCCUACCCCAACCGGCCCAUGGUUCUCCUGAAGGGCGGUCAGCUGAUCAAGACCGAGUGGGAGGGGACUUGGUGGAAAUCCCGCGUGGAGGAGGUGGACGGGAGCCUGGUCAAGAUCCUCUUCCUGGAUGACAAGCGCUGCGAGUGGAUCUACCGCGGGUCCACGCGGCUGGAGCCCAUGUUCAGCAUGAAGACGUCCACGGCCUCCACGCAGGAGAAGAAGCAGGCAGGGCACCUGCGCACGCGCCCCAACAUGGGUGCCGUAAGGAGCAAAGGUCCGGUGGUCCAGUACACCCAGGACCUGACCGGGGCGGGGACCCAGUUCAAGCCGGCCGAGCCGGCCCCGCCCGCCGCCCCGCCCGCUCCAGCCCUGUCGCCGCAGGCCGUCGAACUUGACGCGGAGAGCCAGCUGGCCCAGUCGCGCAAGCAGGUGGCCAAGAAGAGCACGUCGUACCGGCCGGGCUCUGUGGGCUCCGUGGGCUCCGGCCCCUCGUCCCCCGGCCCCAGCGAGACGGCCCCCACCAACCGGACUCCGGGCAGCGGGCAGCAGUACCGGUCCCCGGCAGCGGCAGCGGCACCGUCUGGGACGGCGGCGGCGGCCCCCCCGGCGGCGGCGGCGGCAUUCCAGGGAGCGCUGGAGCGGGUGCCGGCCGAGCCCUCGUACCGGGCACCGCCCGAGAAGCUGUUUUACCUCCCGCACGUGUGCAGCCUGGCCUGCCUGGCUCGUGUGCGGCCCUCCCGGCGCGACCAGUACCGCGGCCGCAACCCGCUGCUGGUCCCGCUGCUCUACGACUUCCGGCGUAUGACGGCCCGGCGCCGGGUCAACCGCAAGAUGGGCUUCCACGUGGUCUACAAGGCCCCUUGCGGGCUGGGCCUACGCGCCAUGGCCGAGAUCGAGCGCUACCUCUUUGAGACGGGCUGCGACUUCCUGUUCCUGGAGAUGUUCUGCCUGGACCCGUACGUGCUGGUGGACCGCAAGUUCCAGCCGUACAAACCCUGCUACUACAUCCCCGACAUCACAGCCGGCCGCGAGGCCGUGCCCCUCAGCUGCGUCAACGAGAUCGACGCCACGCCCCCGCCCCGUGUCGCCUACAGCCGCGAGCGCAUCCCCGGCAAGGGCGUAUUCAUCAACACCGCCUGCGAGUUCCUGGUCGGCUGCGCCUGCCGCGACGGAUGCCGGGACAAGUCCAAGUGCGCCUGCCACCAGCUGACGGCCCAGGCCACGGCCUGCACCCCGGGCGGCCAGAUGAACCCCAACUCCGGCUACCAGUAUAAGCGGCUGGAGGAGUGUCUGCCCACGGGGGUGUACGAGUGCAACAAGCGCUGCCGCUGCGACCCCAACAUGUGCACGAACCGGCUGGUGCAGCAUGGCCUGCAGGUGCGCCUGCAGCUCUUCAAGACGCAGAACAAAGGCUGGGGCAUCCGCUGCCUCGACGACAUCGCCAGGGGAUCCUUCGUCUGCAUCUAUGCAGGGAAGAUCCUGACGGACGACUUCGCGGACAAGGAGGGGUUGGAGAUGGGGGACGAGUACUUCGCCAACCUGGACCACAUCGAGAGCGUGGAGAACUUUAAGGAGGGCUACGAGAGCGACGCGGCCGGCUCCUCGGACAGCAGCGGCGUGGACCUCCGCGACCAGGAGGACGGGCCCAGCGGCUCUGACGAGCCCGACGACUCUAACGACGACAGCUCCGACGACAACUUCUGCAAGGACCAGGACUUCAGCACCAGCUCCGUCUGGCGCAGCUACGCCACCCGACGCCAGACCCGCGGCCAGAAGGAGAACGGCAACGGCGGUGGGGAGGGGGCCGCCCCCCACCUCGCGACCCCCGGGGCCCCCCCCCACCCGGCCGCCGGCUGCAAGCCCCCAAGCUCCGAGGAAACGCCCAAGAGCAAGGUGGCGUCGUGGCUGAGCGCCACCGGGAUGAGCGACGGCUUCACCGACUCCGACAGCCGCUCCUCCUUCAAACUGGGGGAGCCCGGGGCCGGGGGCCGCGGGGAGGACCGCGCCGCUGUCCCCAAGGAGGAGGGCGAGCCCGCACUGCCCAAGAAAGAGGAGCCGGACGACCUGGGCAAGGUCUUAGGGGCCACGGAGACCGGCCGCGUCUACGGCUACAACCCGUCCCCGUCCAAGGUGGAGGGCAUCCGGCGGCCGCCCAGCAAGACCAGCAUGCGCCAGGCCCGCAGGCAGGCCGGCAACGAGGACGUGCUGACGCUGUCCAGCAGCACAGAGAGCGAGGGCGAGAGCAAGCCCGGGCUGGGGCAGGCCCCGCCCACCGCGGCCGACAGCGACGACAUCCAGACCAUCUCGUCCGGCUCCGACGGCGACGACUCCGAGGACAAGAAGAACCUCAACAGCGGGCUGGGCCCCGUGAAGCGGCAGGUGGCCGUCAAGUCGACGCGCGGCUUCGCCCUCAAGUCGACGCACGGCAUCGCCGUCAAAUCGACGCACAUGGCGGCGGCGGUGGCGGCGGAGAAGGGGGAGAGCGCCCCGGUGAGGCGCACCACGCGCCAGUUCUACGAUGGCGAGGAGUCCUGCUACAUCAUCGACGCCAAGCUGGAGGGCAACCUCGGCCGCUACCUCAACCACAGCUGCAGCCCCAACCUGUUCGUCCAGAACGUGUUUGUGGACACCCACGACCUCCGCUUUCCCUGGGUGGCCUUCUUCGCCAGCAAGCGGAUCCGCGCGGGCACGGAGCUGACAUGGGACUACAACUACGAGGUGGGCAGCGUGGAGGGCAAGGAGCUGCUGUGCUGCUGCGGUGCCAUCGAGUGCCGGGGGCGUCUGCUCUAGGCCCCCCACCCCCCGCCCCUCCCGGGACUCUGGAGAGCGUGGGCCCUUCCCUCCCUCCGCCUAACUGAUCCCCACUGCGGUGCUAUGGAGCCGGCCACGGCCGCGCCCCCUCGACCCCCCCCACCGUUCACUGUGGCUGAGGGGGAGGGGCAGGUGGAUGUUGAACCUCUUCCCUCCCCUAUCUCCCUCCUUCCCCAACCCCCAAUAGUUUUAACAGCUUGAUAAAGGAAAGCUGGUA